AGGAAGAAUUCAAUUGAAAUGUAACGCAGCUCUUAUUUUCUUGGUCCAUUUGUGUGUGAGUAGAAAUGGCAGAGGCCAUAAAGUCAAUCAGUUGUUCAAUCUGUUUAGGUCUACUGAAGAAUCCCGUGACUAUUCCCUGUGGACACAGCUACUGUAUAGGCUGUAUUAAGGGCUGCUUGGAUCAAAAAGAAUACAAUGGUAUCUGCAGCUGCCCCCAGUGCAGACAGACCUUCAUACCAAGACCUAUUUUAAAAAGGAACGCUACCCUGGCUGUUGUGGUGCGGAAACUCAAGACCAAACGCAAUGCUGCUCCUCCUGGUCAUCAUUAUUCUGGACCUGGAGAUGUGGAGUGUGAUUCCUGUACUGGGAGAAAAGUCAAAGCUGCCAAGUCCUGUUUGGUGUGUCUUACCUCUUACUGUGAGACUCACCUCAAGCCUCACUAUGAAUCUCCUGCCUUUAAAAAGCACAAGUUGGUCAAUGCCUCCACACAACUAAAGGAGAAGAUCUGUUCUCAUCAUGAUAAACUACUGGAGGUUUACUGUCGUACUGAUCAGCAGUGUAUUUGUCCGCUCUGUAUAAUGGAUGAACAUAAAGGACAUGAUAUAGUUUCAGCUGCAGCAGAAAGGACUGACAAACAGAAACAUGUGGGAGAGAAACACCAGAAAUGCCUUAAGAGAAUCCAGGAGAGAGAGAAGGAGAUUCAGGAACUGAGACAGUCUGUGGACUCUCUGAAGCGUUCUGCACAGGCAGCAGUGGAGGACAGUGAGAGGAUCUUUACUGAGUUGAUCUGCUACAUUGAGAAAAGGCGCUCUGAGUUGAAGGAGCUGAUCAGAGCUCAGGAGAAGACUGAAGUGAGUCAAGCAGAACGACACAUGGAACAACUGAAACAGGAGGUUGCUGAGCUGAGGAGGAGAGAUGUUGAACUGAAGCAGCUCUCACACACAGAGGAUCACAUCCAUUUCCUCCAGACUUUCCAGUCUCUCUGUGUCUCUCCUGAAUAUAAGGCCUUACCCAGCAUUACUGUCUAUCCACACAUCCCCUUUGAGCAUGUGAAGAAAUCAGUCUCUGAACUGAGAGAUCAACUACAGGAUGUAUGCAAGAAGGAAAUGGACAAGAUUUCUGGGAAAGUGACAACAUUUCAGAUUGGACUAACUGCUGAGCCCAUGACCAGAGAGGAUUUCUUAACAUAUUCCUGCCAGCUGACAUUGGAUCCCAAUACAGCAUAUCAGUACCUGUGUCUGUCUGAGGGGAACCGAAAGGUGACAUGCAGUGAUAAGGUCCAGUCUUAUUCUGACUGUCCAGACAGAUUUAACUUCUAUAGCCAGGUGUUGAGUUUAGAGGGCCUGUCUGGAGUCAGUUACUGGGAGGUAGAGUGGAGUGGGGAAACAGUUGGUAUAGCCGUCUUAUAUAAAGAGAUCAGCAGGAAAGGAAGAGGCUAUGAUUGUUGUUUCGGACGUAAUGAUCAGUCCUGGAGGUUAUACUGCUCUACAUCAGGCUGCAAUUUCUGGCACAAUAAUAACAAGACUAAUAUCCCUGUCCCCUGCUCCUCCAGAGUAGGAGUGUAUCUGGACCACAGGGCAGGAACUCUGUCCUUCUACAGUGUUUCUGACACAAUGACCCUCCUCCACAGAGUCCAGACCACAUUCACUAAGCCACUCUAUCCUGGGUUCUUAACUUAUAGUGGAACGUCUGUGAAGAUACUGACACCUAUUCAGUGAUACAUGUAAAAAGUAUGCUGGUACACCACAUAGUUUUGGCGCAUACAUCUCACUUUUUCCUGUUUCAUGUGAGUACUGUAUGUAUUGCUGUGGCUAUUUGUUUGGUGCUGUCUAGUCUAUUGUUUGCUGUUUAGUCCCUGUUUGACCUUUGUGUUUUGUUUGUCCCUGGGAUUUUUUUUUUUUUUUUUAGCAUGUCACCCUAGGAAAACGUUGUCUAAAAACAGUUUAGAACUGAGCGGACCACCCACUGUAUAUUUGUAUUGGUUAGUAGUUAGUUAAGCGGUUCUUGGGGCAGGCAAGUUCAGUUUAGGGGUUUUUCACUAUAAUAUAUAAUCACUAUAAAGAGAGCAGAAAGUGACAUUGAGAGAGCAGAAACACAAGCCGCUUAAGAGAAGAACCAGUCGCGCAAGAGUAUAAACAUUGUGAGAGCGCAGACAUUGUGAUGUGGAAUUUCUCUACGACUUCUCAAAAUUCACCUGCCCCUUCUCGAAACCAGAUGCUAUCCAGUGAUUGGUCAUUUGUGAAUGAAUGUCUCUUUUUGGUGAACAAUGAGAGCCGAUUCGCAGGUCAAGUGAAAGCGGGGGCAGCAAACACACAAAGGAUUGAAAUAAUAUUGUCUGACGUGUGUAUGUGGGUAAUAUUUAUUGUAAUAUAACAGAAAUGUUUCAUAUUCAGUGCAUUGCAUUGUCAUAGCAACAAAGAACAGACAGGCUCAUUUAUCUAAGGUUUCACAUACAUGGGAUAUAAACAUUUCUAAACACUUAUCCAUACAUGAUGUGACAGACACACACAAGAUCACACAGAAAGUCAAAAGCAUGAGGUAAUCCAGGAGAAAGGGAGUGAAGAGGAGGAGAGCAGGACAAAGGGGGGAAGCAGGAGAAGAAGUAGGAAUGACUAGAAUAUCUGCAGUGAAUCUAUGUAGUUAUCUAGUGAAGAGUUCCUGGUAUAUUCUUAUAGUGCAUCUCCAUAUGAGUAAUGCUUUUAAACUAGUUGUUAUUACAUGGUGUCUACUUUUAGUUCCCUCCUUUAGUUACCUCUAUGUAGAUUGUGGACAUGAAUGAUUUGAACCUGUGAUAAGUGAGUCUGUCUGUCUCCCUUGUGACUACAGUUCAGAUUGAACUCUGUCCUUCUACAGUGUCUCUGAUACAAUUACCCUCCUCUACAGAGUCCAAACCACAUUCAUUCAGCCACUCUGUCCUGGUUUCUAUAUUUAUAAUGGAACAUCUGUGAAGAUACUGGCACCUACUCAGUGAUACAUCUAACAGUAUGCUGGUAUUGUAUUGAUCACAUUACUAGGAGACCUUGGUGAUAAAUGAUUUAUUGACUGUGGUUAAUAAGCCUGGGGAAGGGAAGGGAAUUGCUGGAUUAUUUUGGUGUCAUGUUUAUGUUCCUUUUUUGUUCUAUUUGUAUUUUUGGGGUUGCUUUGGUACUAUUAUCAAUACAAUGUUGUGGUCUUUCAGACCCAUUAAAUUUUGCAUUCAAACCAA